UUGACUUUUGCAGUGCAGCUGGACUGCGAGGGGGGCGUGCCGCAGUGAUCGACAGUGCUUCAACUGGAUUCUCGUUUGGAAGCUUCAAACGUGUUUAAAUGAAGUUUAAAAGCACGUAGGGAAGUCCUGAACGUGUCCCAACUACAGAGCAAUUCGUAUCUGUCGUUUUGGAAAUAUACCACGUUUGUCCAAUGAAUUGCACCAGGGUUCUGCAUAUUUUGAACCCCAGGCCGAUGCCGAGUCCAAUUAUGCCUGUGGAUGUAGCAAUGAGAAUCUGUUUGGCACACUCGCCGCCUCUUCACUGUUUCCUCAGUUCAUAUGAAGAUUGCAAGUCCAGGAACCUAGUCAACCAAUACAAACCCCUACGAUCCUGCAUCAGCUCUAAGACAAAAGUGGACACAGCCAACUUGGGCUGGAAUAGUCCCAAAACAAAAGCUAAGAAGAAAGUGGUUUUUGCUGACUCCAAAGGCAUGUCUCUAACGGCAGUCCAUGUGUUCAACGAAUUUGAGGAAGAUCCCAUGAUAGACCUGCAGUUUGAAUUAUCAGACCUGGAGGAAGCUAUUGGUGGCCUGAAAGUUGAGAAAGAGAAGAAUUUGGUUUUGGACUUCCCUCAGCCCUCCGCAGACUAUUUGGAGUUCCGAAACCAUCUAAAGAAGAACCUGGUAUGCUUGGAAAACUGUAUAAUUCAAGAGACAUCGCUCACUGGCACAGUAAAAGUUAGCAAUGUAAGCUUUGAGAAGGUUGUCCAUGUGCGAAUAACGUUUGAUUCAUGGAAAAGCUACACUGACAUUCCUUGUACCUACAUGAAUAAUGUUUAUGGUUGCGAAGAUGUUGACAUCUUCUCAUUUUCCAUCGACCUUCCAAGUUUUGUGCCCCAAGAUGAGCAGGUGGAGUUCUGCAUAUCGUACAAAACUCACAAUAUGACACACUGGGACAAUAACGAUGGGAAAAAUUACAAGUUGGUUUAUAGAGAAUACAACCUCAUUCAGGCCAACCAUAUCAUUCAGAAGACCACGACAGAUUUCAAGAAUCAAGGCAAACGGCCAGAGAUGGACUUUGAUCAAUUUGGGAGCCCGAGAACAUCCAGUGGCUUCUUUCCCGAGUGGCAGAGCUGGGGGCGUAUUGAGAACAACACACCCUACUGGUGACAGUUCAAGGGGCCCAGACGAACACGGCAGUGGUUAAAGGACAAAUGCAAGUGGAGCACCGUGUUCAUUUCAGAAGUUGACUUAAACAGUGAGAAUGCUCAGUUAAAAAGUUUAAAUAGUAGAAAUUAGCAAUGAUUUCCACAAAAGAAAGCCCCCUUUUUGGCACUUUUUUGUCUGUUCAGACUGUCGAAAAUAAUGUGAUAUUGGGCUCUGAAAUUAUAAAAAUUUGUAACUAACUAUGUUAACACUAUAUGACAGCGAUCACUCAGAUUUACACUAUGCCAUUUUCUUGAUUUGACAUGGGGUAAAUCAAUAAUUCUCAUAACAUAGAUGCCUUCCAUUGUGAUUCUUUAAUGCAAUUUUACAACUGUAAUACAAUGGC